AUGAGCAAGGAUGACAACGCCAAUCACAUCGCAGCAGGGCAACGUCAAACAUGAGUUGAGAAAUUCAGGAUGAUUUGGCCAUUAUAGACUAACAUUCUGUGGUACCCUAUGCCUGGGACAUUAGUUGUUUUUUAUCUAUUUUUUCUGUGCAAUCCGAUCGGGUAUCAUUCAGGGAAGAAUAUAAUGUCUAGAAUAUUGCACAGUCAUGGUGAAGCGCUAGAACCGGAUAGCCAUGCCGCGGGUAAAGAAGACUGGGAAUUUUCACUCUGACCAAAUUCAUGCUGUUUUUUGAAAAGGACUGAGUCGCUUUUUUAAUGCUGCUUCCGAUGUAACCUACUGUUGGCAGGAAGAACUGCGUGGCUGAAAAAAUACUGACACGUGGAUUUAUCGUCAAACUCAAGGCGAUCCGUCUCUAAUCACCCGUGCACUUUUUAUCACACGGCAGUAACAUUAUGGAUUGGCCUACACGGUAAUCGAAAGGAAAUGAUACAUCGGUAUCAUCGCGAACAUCGAACAAGCGUUUAUUUUUGUCGACUUUCUUCACUCAUUCCAUAGCCUACUGCGCUUAAUUGUAAAGUGCAGGAGACAGCAAAUCAAAUCGUAUACCUCUUUCGUUGAAUGGCAAUUCUGCAAAAACAUGGAAAGAACUCUAGUCCAGAUUUGGUCUGCCUCAAAGAAAAAACCACAGACAAAACCGGGGUCGCUGGAGGUCAUCAGAAGAAGUGGAGUGAACCGAAUACGUAUUGGCCAAGACCCCUGGCGCGGGUAUGGACGGUGGUGCUACUGCUGGGGACCUGUCUGCUGUACUGUGCCCGCGUGGCCAUGCCCAUCUGUGCCGUUAGCAUGGCGGAGAAGUUCAACUGGACCAAGAGGGAUCAGGGCAUGGUGCUGGGUAGCUUCUUCUGGGGUUACUGCUUCACACAGGUCCUGGGAGGCUACGUCAGCGACAGGGUUGGAGGUGAGAAGGUGCUCCUCCUCUCUGCGGCGGCCUGGGGGGCGAUGACAGCCUUCACGCCCGUCCUGGCCCACUUCUGCUCUCAGCCCAUCUUCUCCAUGACGCUGGCCCGCUUCCUUAUGGGGCUGCUGCAAGGUGUCCACUACCCGUCUCUGGCCAGCCUGUGUUCUCAGAAGGUGGUGGAGAGUGAGAGAGGAUUCCUCAUGAGCACUGUGGGCAGUGGCUCCUACCUGGGAACACUGGUGAUUGGGGGGGCUGGUUCCCUCAUGCUGGACCUGUAUGGUUGGGAGAGCGUGUUCUAUGUGUCAGGCAUGCUCUCUGUCCUCUGGGCGUACUGCAUGUGGAAAUACCUGCUCAAAGGGGAAGGACCUAUCAUCACAUUGGAGUCACUGGGUAGUGGAGGGCCCCAGUCCAAACUGUCCAGGAGACACUGGCUGCGCCUCUUCAAACAACCUGCUGUCUGUGCUGUGAUUAUUACGCACCUUUGCACGGCAAGCACCUUCUUCACAUUGUUAUCAUGGCUACCAACGUACUUCAAGGACACCUUCCCUGAUGCCAAGGGUUGGGUGUUUAACGUUAUCCCGUGGUUUGUGUCCAUCCCCUCUUCACUCUUCAGUGGCUGUCUCUCUGACCACCUCAUCAGCAAAGGUUAUGACACAGCUGCUGUGAGGAAGCUUAUGCAGUUCUUCUCCAUGGGUGUGUCCAGUGUGUUUACCCUCCUACUGUGUGGCACCACCACCUUCCCCUUGGCUGUGGCCUUUGUCUCUGUCACAAUGGGUCUCACCACCUUCAGCCACAGUGGUGUGUCUGUGAACGUUCAGGACCUGGCUCCGUCCUGUGCUGGGGCUCUGUUUGGUGUUAUGAAUACCUGUGGAGCUUUUUCAGGUGUGCUGAUGGUUUAUUUCUCGGGGUAUCUGAUCGAGGCUACAGGGUCGUGGGCAUCUGUCUUUGCCCUCAUCACUGUGGUGAACCUGGUGGGCCUGGUCACCUUCCUGGCCUUCGCUGAGGCUCGCCGGGUCGACAUCGACUCUUCCAAGGGCCGCUACCACAACAUCCACAUCUAAAUUCAUACGUUGGGAUAUGGGAACCACAGCUUGCUACCACAACAUCCACCCAUGAAACUGAGGGGCCAAAACGGGACCAGGUUCAGCACUAUCCACAUCUGAGUCCCUCAAAUAGGACCAGAAACCACAUCUGUCUACCACAGAAUGCACACCGGAGUCUUAACUAUGGGAUGAGAAGAGAGAGAACCUUGGCUUGUUAAACGUAACGAAACGUCCACAUCAGAAUUUGAGGAAGCGAUAACAGAAGUGAAUGAGUCAGCCCCAGAGCUGUUUGAAAAGCAGCAUGUCAGGUCAUCGUGCUACAACAUAUUAUCUAUAUUGUUUAAAUCAUCUUUCUAGUCAAGUGUUUGAAUGUUUGAUCGUCAGCCGUCGUUGGGCUGGGAUUGUGGAGUAGUAGUCAUGGAAACUGGUUUCACACCCAGGUCUGUGUCUAUGUUGGAGAAUGACAGAUGUUUGAGUUGGUUUAGUCAGUUUGACAGUUGUAGACGGAGCAGGAUGUGUGUUUGUGGUUGUGGAGAGAGGCGUUGCUCUGGUGAGAGUAUGGGGAAUGUAGACUGAACAAGAAAGGGUUGUUUGGGGAGGGGGGGGCACUAGUAGGUGAGACUCAGUCCCUCUCCCAGCCUCAGACAUGACAGUGAGUGACAUCUAAUUAGAAGGGGACUAAUCACCCAUAAACCCACUCUGAUGUUCUAUACAAUUGAUCUGCCAUCGUCUUCAUAUCCAUGGUUACAUGCUCAUCAUCUUGUCAGUGUGCCUCACUGCAUUAUGUUUCAUCUCAAGCUUUUACAGAGAGACUGUAGCCUCAACAUACACUUAGCUAGAAGGAUUUGUUUUGUAUUAAAUUAAGAAGACCUAAGGUUAUUAUUCUUAUUUUUAUGAACAUAAUUGCAUGACAUGUUCAAAUACAGAUACCUCAAUCAUAUAGAUUUUUAAAAUGUCUUUAAUUUAUAUUAUGACUUACAGUAUAUAUCAAUUAUGUUGUCAAUCCAGAAUGUAUGUAGAAAGAGACUCGGUUGAGAUUUUGUCAUAUUUGCUGUGAGUUUGGGCACUUAAAGGAGACUUGGUUGUUGCAGUUCCCCACAGCUGAUGAGGCAACCAACUGUCAUGUAAUAGAUGGUUCCCUGUUUGUUAUGGUUACUUCAUAGUCUGGACAGGAUGUGAUGUCAUUGGUGAGGAAAUCCAACUGUGACAAGAAGUGAAUGUAUUACGGUGUAAAGCUUUAUCAGCCACAGUGGGAUACUGACACAGUAGGCUUCUAGUAGCUGCUCCGUCUGAGUCAAAAUACAUGUGCAGUUGAAGUAGGAAGUCUACAUACACCUUAGCCAAAUACAUUUAAACUCAGUUUUUCACAAUUUCUGACAUUUAAUCCGAGUAAAAAUGUCCCUUCUUAGGUCAGUUAGGAUCACCACUUUAU